AUGCCACUGGGCAGACUUCCUGGCUGGCUGAAUGCUGUGGCCUGUGGACUCCUGAUUAUCCUCCUCCAUGCGCAGGGUCAAGACUCAUCAGAGGCCAGCCCCAUCAGAAACACACACACAGGCCAGGUCCGUGGCAGCCUUGUCCAUGUGAAAGACACCAAAGUUAGUGUCCACAGAUUCCUGGGAAUUCCCUUUGCCAAGCCACCUGUAGGACAACUGCGCUUUGCUCCCCCUGAAGCCCCUGAUCCGUGGAAUGGUGUGAGAGAUGGAACCUUGCAACCAGCCAUGUGUCUACAAAAUGAUGAUAUAAUGAAUUUAGAUGGCCUGAAGAGGAUAAAGCUGAUCAUGCCUCCCAUCUCUGUGUCUGAGGACUGCCUGUAUCUCAACAUCUACACACCAGCUCAUGCCCAUGAGGGCUCUAACCUACCUGUGAUGGUGUGGAUCCAUGGUGGUGCUCUGGUUAUAGGCAUGGCUUCCUGGUAUGAUGGAUCCAUGCUGUCAGCCAUUGAGAAUGUGGUGGUAGUCAAUAUCCAGUACCGCCUGGGUGUACUGGGCUUCUUCAGCACCGGAGAUCAGCAUGCCAGAGGCAACUGGGGCUUCUUAGACCAAGUGGCCGCCCUACGCUGGGUCCAGCAGAACAUCGCCCACUUUGGAGGCAACCCUGACCAGGUCACCAUUUUUGGCGAGUCUGCAGGUGGCACAAGUGUGUCUUUCCAUGUUGUGUCCCCCAUGUCCCAAGGACUCUUCCACAGAGCCAUCAUGCAGAGUGGGGUGGCCCUGCUGCCUCGCCUUAUCUCUAACACCUCUGAGAUGGUCUUCAUGACGGUGGAAAAUCUAUCUGGCUGUGCAACUUUGAACUCAGAGGCCCUGGUACACUGCCUUCGAGGCAAGAGUGAAGCAGAAAUUCUGGCAAUUAACAAGGCCUUCAGGAUCAUCCCUGGUGUGGUGGAUGGGAUGUUCCUACCCAGGCAUCCUCAGGAGUUGUUGGCCUCUGCUGAUUUUCAUCCUGUCCCCAGCAUCAUUGGUGUCAACAAUGAUGAGUAUGGCUGGAUUCUCCCACUGAUCUUCAACUCUUCUCAAACAUUAAAGGAAAUAACCAGAAAGACAGUGCAGGAUAUUCUAAAGAGCACAACAGCAGAACAGUUGAUGCUACCUCCUGAGUGUAGUGACCUGAUAAUGGAGGAGUACAUGGGGGACACUGAGGACCCACAAACCCUCCAAAUACAGUUCACAGAGAUGAUGGGAGACUUCAUGUUUGUGAUCCCUGCACUCCAAGUAGCACAUUUUCAGCGUUUCCAUGCCCCUGUCUACUUCUAUGAGUUUCAGCAUCGCCCCAACUUUCUCAAGGAUUUCAAGCCUCGACAUGUAAAGGCUGACCAUGGUGAUGAGGUUUUCCUUAUCUUUGGAUCCUUCUUCUGGGGUAUCAAAUUUGACCUCACUGGAAAGGAGAAGCUGCUGAGCAGGAGAAUGAUGAAGUACUGGGCCAACUUUGCACGAUAUGGGAACCCCAACAGUGAGGGUCUACCCUACUGGCCUGUGUCAGACCAAAAUGAACAGUACCUGCAGUUGGACAUCCAGCCUGCUGUGGGCCAAGCCCUGAAGGCCAGAAGACAACAGUUCUGGACCAAGACUCUGCCCCAGAAGAUUCAGGAGCUAAAAGGGGCUCAUGGCAAAAACAAGAAUAUGUAA